AUGCUUGUCGCGAGUGGAGCUGAUGUCGAUGUUUACACAAAGAAAAAUGAAACCCCUCUGCUUCUUGCUCAAUCAGCGCAUAUGUGGGAUACUGUCCGUAAAUUGGUACAGUUGGGGGCAUCAUUUGAUGAUAGAACUGAGGCCAUUUUGAUUCAAUCUGCUCAAAAAAGUUGCCCACCCAACGAUAUUAAUUCCAAACGGAAAAAGUUUUCGGAGAAUUCCUCAUCAAAAUUUGACCACAAAAACUUCAACGAAGCCACCAUUGGUGCACAAAUGGCACAAAUGUCGAUAUCCAGUUCCAGCGGUCUCGUUGACUUGCAUACUAGUUCACUUAUCAAACUGCUACAAUUUCAAGGCUGCGGCUAUGACUUUGAUCUUUCGCGACAAAAAUGGGAGCUCACAUCACAAAUGCAGAGUCUUCCUCCCCCAUUUCCCAGUCGCCAUUAUAACAGAUUUAAUCAGCUUGUAAAAAGGAUAAUUAGUGCCAACUUAUCGCAAAGAUUUCGUAUAUCUUCGGCAAAACAGUUGAUUGAAUUGCUUGAUUCGUUGGAAUUAUCUUCAUCAAAAUCUACAAGGAUUAACAAGCGUGGCGCUCCCGCUAAUGGAUUUCGGUCCGUUGAGACUCAUUUGCGUGUUUUGGAAAUUACCGUCUGUGAAAAGCACUGUCCGGUCCGGUUGAUUUCUCUGAUUGGGGAUAUUUGCAUUCAUUUAGUUGUUUUUUAUGGACUGUACAAAUUGGAAGACGUCAAAUUGGAGUCGGAUACGGAAUUAUCCUGCAGUCAAGCAGAGUCGUCUCAUCUAAGUGGCAGCUCCAAUGAAUUGAAAGUAGCCUACGUUGCUAGAAUGCUACGAAGCCUGUCUUGCAACACAUCUUCACAGUAUCGAUCUGGCAUACUUUCCUUUAUUAGUCGUAUUCUGUCUAGCUGCAGUUCAUCUACUGGGUGCCAUCAAAAUACAGUUUGCGAUGUACGCGUUUGUCAGAUAACUGCUAAUUUAAUAUCUGAUCUUGUUUCGUUAACGGAUUCACUUGAUCAGGCUGGGAAUGUUUCACGUCUUGCCCGUUUCAUAUCAUUGGUGGGUGCUUAUAAUCAGCUGGAAUUCAGCAAGAGAUUUUCAGACUUGGCAGACAUUCUUAUUGGGUGGUGUGUAGAUGCAUCGAGUGGUUAUCGUGGUGUCGCUGUCGGCACACUUUUGUCCGAACUUUCUUGCAACCUGAGGCGAUGGUGGUUUGAUUUAUCAAGUCCAGACACCGGCCACUUACUCACGGAAUCCACCUGUGAUAUGCUUGGACAUCUGCUUGAGGAUGCCGACGUAUCUCUGCAAAAGGCUGUCAGUGAGUACCGUCAGAUCAGCUCAAGUUUUGUGCCUCGACGCAAUGCGCAAGCUCCCUUUGUUUCAACGGAAAUAUCGCAAAAACUCAUAGCGACCAAUCUCUACUUCGCUGUCUUGGCUGGCAUCUGUUUGGGAGUUAAAAAGUGCCUCUCAGAGUCACAUCAGUCUAGCUGCGUAAAGUUUGUCUCUCUUGACUUUUCUGGUUGGAACAAGCGGCUAUUGAAUAUUCUUCAUGGACUUGAGUUGAUGUCGCCUGCAGUCGCUCUCAGGUCGAAGCCGUCUUCAGCCUCACGAACUUACGUACCACCGACUUAUUGUCUUCCAUUGUUGACUUACGGCGAUAUAGUACAACAUGUGCACGCUAUUCUCCUCUUUACUGAAUCCACAAUGCCAGUUGAAGGCGAUCAAUUCGGACAGAAACUUGCAUGUACCAAACUGGCGAGUGGCAAAUGUUCGAUAGAUGUCGAAAAUGAUCUGCUUAUUCUUUUCAGCGCUUCGCUAUUUGCAACCAUCUGGAAGUCUGUAUCUAACGAACCUGAACGGGUAGCCCUUGCAAAUGCUGCCAAUGGCAGGUUAAUUCUUAUUCUUGCAGAUCUGCAUCGUCAGUUUGCCAUCUUUUCUAGAAUUUCUCAACGUAUUCGUCUCGCCUUUUGGACGAUACUGAUAUCAACAUUGAACUACGGGAUUGACCGCACCGCGGAAUGCGGCGGAGAUUUACUACUCGUCAUCCAGCAGUUGCUAUUGACAGCGUCAAACAAUUUACAGGAGCUGAUUUUAAGCAAACACCUACUUCAAACAAUAAGCGAUUCUUUGGCGAUUCAGCUUUCUCAUUCUUUCUGCACUUACUUGCUCCGUCUCCUGCAAAAUCCCUACUCUCCCGUUAGGGCAAAUGAUGGUUCAUAUUUUUGUGAAGCCGUUAGGCUCUUGAUUCGAGUGUGGAAGGGCAAGACAGCAUCUUCAGAGGUAUUAGAGCUCGCCUACCUGUGUGUAAGCCACCCACUUCCUCGCAUUCAGUCAUCUGGAGCCGACUUACUUCUACUUUUCGGUCCAUCGCUGGCCAAGUUUGAAUCCACUCGGGCUGCUAAUUUCAUGCUCCAUUGGUAUCUCAGCACAAGUCUCGAACUUUCUACCUCGCUUAUUACCUGUUCAUUAGUUAAUCCAGUGAGUUUUGGUGCAGCUAAGGAAAGUGGUAGCUUGUUGCGAGCACAAGGUGCGUUCCCAAGUCUGCCUGCAGCCGCUGGUGUGUUGGGCAUUCUCACUCGUGGUGCACCAUAUCUAUCUGAGGAGCGAACGAGUCGAUUGGAGCUUCUGACCAGCUCCUCUGAUUGGCUACGUCGUCUUGCUUGUUUGAUUUCACCCCUUCCGUCAGAUAGUAGCACCAAUUGGUAUGCAUCAGACACUUCUCCCUUGAGUUUAGUCUUCUUGUUCACCACUUGGUCUAUGGUCGACUACAAACUGAAGGUAGCUCCCUGGGCGAACCCAGUGAAAACAUUCCUCUCAAUCGAAGCCAUCAUUCACGCACUUUUAUCCAGCUUGACAAAACGAAUGGGUACCCAUUCACUGGUUCCGGAAUUGCAAUCUUUUCUUGGUGUUUCAAGUACUGUAGUAAUUCGACAAUCACUGGCGUGGCAGAUUAAUCAGUCAGCCCUUGUGAUUAAUUUUAUGCGUCUGCUGGAAAAAGCUACAACAAAUGCAGUGGAUGGAUUUGCUGUUGUUAUUCCACCCGUCCAUCCCACUGCACACGCCUUCUUCAAAGCGAAUUCAAUGACUUGUCAUCAGUGGUUCAAUCGUGUGCGGAUGCCUUUGGCCACUCUGGCUGUCUGGUUGGCUCCCCUCUCACUGGAAGGAUCUGAAGCGGCUGCAACAGUUAUUUGGAACGUCUACAGUCUCUUUCACCAGGUUCUUACAUCCGAUCCGCCGGAACUGCUGAACACUAUCUCGGUUUUCGGUAAUCCUGAGAAAAUCAUUCUCUGCGUCAUUCAAGCACUACAUCAUCUCGGCGCAGCUGAUGAACUUGCCCUUGUCUAUGCGUGUCUUGAGCGCAUUGCGGUGAAUUCGACCAAGUCAGGGGUGCAUCUCUAUAGCUGGGUGCAUGGUCUCGUUUGCAUACUGGGAGGGGGUUUGGAUGCGGGCUUGUCAUGUUUCUCUGCCUUUUUCGAAUCCUAUCCGCUUCCAUUGUCAUCUGAUUCAUUCGGUGCACUCUCUUAUGAAUUUGCACGGCGUCUCUUUACCGCUCUUCUCGUGCGUGUGGGUUACUCCGGCGAGGCUACUCUCCGGCUGUGUUGCAAGAAAGACCUCCCUGACAGGCCUGUGGCUUGCAAUAAUCAAGGUGAUACUCCAAUGGCAAAGCGUAAAAACCUUGCUAAUAAUGGCAAAAAGAAAGCGAUGGAUGAGCUGCCUCUUCGUUAUUCCGCCAUUGCUAAUCAGCGACUUCAAACUUUGCAAAAGCUUUCUACCUGGGACAAUGCUAUAUCCGCAUUGUCACCAUCUUCCAACUCUGUUGCCUCAAUACUCACGGAGCAAGAGGAUAAACUACUAUCUCUCGGCUCAGAUUCGGUUUCUGAGGUCAUAAAUGUUGUACGCCAAACCGCCAAUGCGGUUGUUUCUUUGGCCGACUUUGGCAACUACCAAGAUUGUCGCGAUAUUCCCCGCUUGGAGCCAGAGCCAUCUCUUCCAGCUCUGGCCCUUGAGGCCGACCUUCUUUUCAACCGACCCACGGCUCUCUCUGCUGUCGGUGAUAUCUGUAUUGGUACCUGGAGUAUGUUGACAAGAAAGAAUGGAAAUCUUUCAGUAUUCCUCGAUGCCUGUGAGCCUCUUCUCAUUCCUCAUAGCGAUGACUACUUACCGGUCGACUCCUCCAGGGGUGUCGCAUUGAAUUUGCUGAGGCAGCAGCUCACUGCUCUUGAUAUACAGGAGGAGAUAACAAACUAUAUCAAACUUGUUGACAUCGUCAAUUCGAGAGCGGACUUUUCAAGUUUAGACCGAAUGCGCCUAAUUCGCUACAUCGCAAAUCUUCUCUGGACGUCAGAUGGCGGUAACAACGAUCGAAUUGCUGCUAUGACUUGCUUGUCCCAAGGCCUUCUGCGUAAUGUAUUAGGCACCAAUACUUCGGAUCGUAUCGAGCACGCGAAACAAUGUUUACUCAACGUCUCAGUUGCUUUACAGUUAUUCAAGUUUCUGACUUAUGCCUCAUCCUCGACCCAGGCAGGAGAAAUCAGAACCAUGUGUCAGGAAGUCUUCUUCACUUGCGCUUCCGAAGCUGGCGUUUGUGAAGUUGAAAAUGCAUGUUCUUAUCUUUGUGUCUAUUUGAUUCUUCGAAAGAUGCGCUUUGAAGCCAUUGUGGUCACCCCUCAGGGGGAUGCACAGCGCCUGGUGCAGCAUUUACUUCAGUUUGGUCGCCUUGCGUCCUCUCCGUGGGUGGAUGGUGUUCCACUCGUUUCCCCUAGUGACGAAACCGAAGCGACUGUGGCCUCUUCACCCUCAGAACUCCAAAUGCGCCUCCUCAUGUUCGCCACUCACCUCUCACCAACCAAUGCCUCUGCUCUGGCUUGGCUCCAAAUGGCUCACUGGUGCUACGAGAGAGGUCAACACGAUGUCAAGCAGACCAAAACAGAGGCAAUGAGAGUCCUCGCAUGCCCUCAAUCAGAUUCAAUUACGACUACUUUAUUUGAUGCACUCACUCCAGAUGAAUGUGAAUCACUUUCUCAGCUUUUGCCAUCCAAUAUUAUUGAGAAGAAUAAAUCGGUCGAGGCCCGAAUUUUGGCCAAACUGUACACUUUUCUUAGUGACGAUGCUGACGAUUUCAGAUCGCACCACCAUUGUAUCGACGACCUCUCUGAUGCUGAUAUUCCAUUCGAUGAUCCAUUGAGGUGUCGGUUUGUCGAUCACCUAUCGAAUGGCACGAAUCUGACUGGCGAGACCCUUGCUUUGGAUGGUCCUCUAUUGUCGGGGUGCGCAUCACUUGCCUCGUUAUUGACUACUCGACUCUACACACUGCAAUCGUUCGCUGCUCAGGCCUACGUAACGUUUCUCUCUGUUGCUGGUCAGCAUAUAAACGAUAAUGUCAAUGCGUUAGAUGUUUCAAAGCCUUGUGAACGCAUUCAACCAAUCCAGUCAACGUUAGCCACUCUACGACUGUUGCAUUUACUCGAUGAACCAUGUCGGUUCUUGCGCAUCACGGUAAAGAACCUUGUGGUACAUGGCAGUUCCACCGACUCGGUCCUGCUCUCCCCACCAUCCCCACUCACCACCAUUCAUUCGGGACCGCUAGUGUGGACGGGGUGCCUCCCUCAGAUCCUGGAUCGUUUAGGGCACCCUGACCCCACAGUUCGCCGGUGCCUUUUGGAUCUCCUCAGUCGUCUUAUUCGUAUGACGAAUCGAGACUCUCCCAGUACCGAUCGAAUUCUAGCAAAUCGACUAGUCUUCCCUACAAUUGUCGGUAGCAAAGGAGUGGACUGUGCACAACUGGAUAUACGUACACGAAGCCAUGGUAAGCUAGUUUCGACGCUUUGUGACGCUGGCUAUGGAAUCAUGGUGGAACAGGUGGCCUCGUUUAUCGUGGAAAUGCGCCGCAUUGCGGUCCUUUGGGAGGAACUCUGGUCUGGUGUUCUCAUUCAGCAUGUUGACGAUUUGAACAGGAAGGCAUGUUGUACUGUUCUUACCGUGAAUGCACUUGAGCAAGUCAAAACUGCGACCACAACAGACGCUCCAAUGUCAUCUGCUAAAGUGGCCGAGUCUCCGAUUGAAUUAGGGGACGAUGCGGUCCGCCUAAAUAAUAUCCACAAACUGCGUUACGAAGCUCUUUUGGCACCUACCUUUUCUAUCUUCCAACAGCUUCGCACCCUGACCCUCGAUACUCCUGCCCAGACGAGUCACGAGGCUUGGUUUCAGAGCACCUUCAAGCAGCAUAUCGACGAAACAGUUGUAUCACUGAAAAAGUUCUGCAGUCCAUCAAUACCAAACUGGAAAACAUCGCCCGUUGUACCUCUGCAGCGACUACUCUCACGUUUCCAGACGCUCAAUCAGAAGACCAAAAAAGGUGAUGAUGAAAAGGCUCGCCAUCUGACUAUUUCAAGCCGAUUUCUGAGUCUGUUUCAAAUCUCGCCUAAUCUCUUUGCCCUCAAUGGAAGUCUGGAAAUCCCACUACCUGGUAGGGCUCACCUUCACCUCGCUCGUGUUGGAUCUAAAAUCAGCGUAUACCCAACGAAGACGCGUCCCAAGCGCGUGGUGUUUUGGACCGAGGAGGGUCAGUCCUUCCCCUACCUUCUCAAGUGCCUCGAGGAUCUGCGCCUGGACGCGCGCAUAAUGGGCCUCAUGCGACUGACUAACACUGCCUUCCGGUCUCGGUCUCGUGCGCGCGCUAUCGCCACAGCGCGCACGUACUCCGUAACUCCCAUUGGCCCAAAAGCAGGUCUGAUUCAGAUGGUGCAGGGCGCAAUCCCUAUUUUUACUCUCUACAAACGCUGGCAACAGAGGAAGGCAAUCGAUGCAGCUCCCUAUGGCAUAGUUUCUGAGUCCUUUAAAAUGGCGCUGCCGAAACCCUCUGAAUUAUUCUACAACAAAUUGAAAGAGUUUUUACCACCUCCUCUUACUUCAUCCAGCUCACGCUCGUCAUGGCCUAAGGACGUCCUUCUUAAGGUCUUCCAUACACUGGAAUCGGAGACACCGGCCGACUUAUUGACCCGUGAACUGUGGGCGGCAAGUCCGAACAUGUCUGCAUGGUGGCGAGCCUCGCAAACCUUUGCCUCUUCUCUCGGAAUCACGUCGGCUUUUGGCUACCUCAUCGGUCUUGGCGAUCGACAUUUGGACAACCUUCUAAUUGAUCUUACAACGGGGACACUCAUCCACAUCGACUUCAACGUCUGUUUUGAUGAGGGUCGUUCCUUGCGGGUACCUGAGCUAGUUCCCUUCCGCUUCACACGAAUCCUCCGACAUCCUCUGGGACCGCUGUGUGACCCCUCUUCUAUUAGCUCGGGUGGUGGGGGUACUUUCGGAGCUAAUUUUCUCGAAACCCUUAGUACUUGUGCAUCAAUUCAAGAACUCUUCCUUAUCCAACUGCAAAGUUUUGCAAUUGAUCCUCUCACCGAUUGGAUGCGAGCAACUGCUAAAGGGCCAGCCUGGAGCACUUUUGAUCUCACAUACUUUGCCGCAUAUCGGGGUGGAUGUUUAUCAACUUCCGCCGACACUUUAUCUUCCAGUGGCCGGGAGCCUUUUACAAAGAGACGACGUGUGUUUGAGAGGCUGCUUGUGGAAUUGCAGAGAUCUUCGGGGCUAUUGGCUGCCAGAUUCGCAGAACUCGUAGUUCCAAAUAGGGGAUUGUGUGAGCAUUUGUAUUCGGCCAUGAAUGUGCUUGAGAGCAAUCUUAGAGUUUGGGAAACCUACCGAGAAAAGCAAUUAAAGGUGGAAGAAUUUAAGCAGCAACUUGCCAUUCUGAAAGGUAACUCAAGCAAGGAGCUCGCAGGGUUCGAGUCGCGUUGGCGUGAUAUCGAACAGGCAAAGCAUCAGGUGUUGGAAGCAAAGAAAUGUCUGCUUGAUUUCGCAGAUAACAUGGAGUACGACAUUGGUAGCGCCCUACAUCUUCUAACUAAAUGGCUCGCUAAGGGCUCGGGAGUUUUCAGCCUCCCCGAGGAUGCCAAUAAGGAUCUUGCUAAGAUUAUUAAUGAUUACCAAGAUAUUGCCGGAGCAUACAUCGUGCCAAACGAUUCUUCACUUCAUUUUACCAUCGAAAAUACCCUAUGGUUCUCCACCAAACGCCAACUCAUCCACGCACUCAGGAAGGCUCUUGAUAAUUCCAUUUUCAAGAGCGAUAUCAAGUCAUCCUUCGCACAAUUCUUCCACCCUCCACGUUCUUUGCUCAAUAGAUCUGGAUACACACGUCUCCAGGGCGCACUGACGGAGGCUAAGACGCAUCUUAGUGCUCUGAAGUCGCAACAUUUCAUUCCAUCCUCGUCUGCUCUAAACGACUUCCCCUCUCUUCUUACUCAGAGCGAAGCCACUUUGACUACUUUCAUCAGUGAACAAGAUGCUGUGAUGAUUCUACCGGCUUUCAAGUGGGCAUUGAUAAAGAAUCUCGCUGCUAUGAUCCAUUCUACUCUUACAUUGGAACCUCUGGAGCACAUUGAUUUUCUCCAUCAACGGGUCAGUGCUGUUGCUUGCGCCUUCUCUGUUCUGGACCCUUCCGGGAAUUCAUCCGCAAUACCAUUCUGGGCUGGUCACGAGGCUGACGCUAACUGUGAACUGCAGUUUUUCCUCACCAUUUAUCAGUUGAUCACCAAAUUGGUUGAAUUACGUGACAAUUUAUGCAACCUUCUUUUGCCAAAACUGGAGGAUGCCAUUCAGGUUGCUUCUCGCGCAGAAUUAGAGCUUCUGGAUUGCCUCCAACAGGUGAUGCAUGACAGUGGAGAAGCUGAGGAAAUUCAGAACGAAGUGAAUCGUCUUCUAACCGAAAAUAAUAACGGUCCCUUGUCAGAAGUAUUUCUGGCAAUUCAUCUCGCCUUUUUGAACGCCACUUCGGAGAUGGAGGAGCUGUGUCGGAGAUUGAUUGAUUAUCCAAUCACUGCGGUAACAUGGGUGCAUGUAGAUGUAAUUUCUCGAGCAAUCGCCAAUCUCCAGAGCCGGUGUGCUGUCGAACAGGGCGCAACAAGUCUCUGGGGUUGGCGUCAUGCCACUGAACAAGGCGCUGUCACUACAUGGCUUAAUGAAGUGUACGCAGCUGGUAUGGCCUCCAGUCUAAAAGUCGCUAUCGAAAUCAGUCAACUAUGGACGGAUAUUCGAGAUGGAAAGGUCCAGCAUUCCAUACCCUCCAUUCCUUAUGUCACCAUUUUGGAAAGCCAAUUCUUCACUCAUUUGGCAGAUCGAUUGGCUCUUGUGAGUGAAUCAGUGCUGGCCUGUAGUCGUCUGCUUUUGUCCCUCUUAGAGGAAUCCGGCUUCACUGUUAGACAAGCGAUUUUCGAAAUUGAGCGUAUGGUGCCUUUGUCGCAUCUUCGAGGUCCACCAACUGUUUUCGUUGAUAGGAUGAUCCAUUCAGCAGAACUCUACUUCCUCAGUGUACAACCGCCCGAAGUGCAUGCACUGUCGGCCACAACAGGAUCUGUGUUAGCGAGCAUGUUCACCACAACCAGUUCUCAUAUGUACACAGCAGUUGCUGCGAAGCAAAUCGAUGCCCAUGAAGCACAUGUCAAGUUGAUUCAGAGGUUGAAACAGGUCUUUGAUUGGCUGCACGAUUCCAAGGAUGAGUCAGAAACAUCCCUCCGGCGCUUUUUGAAUCGUCUUGAAACGUCUAUAGCAAAAGUGAGGACAGAAAAUGAACAAUUGAAUGAUUCGACGAGGGAACUUUGUGAAUUGGGGGACGCCAUUUGUUCAGCUGAAUAUGAUCGCCUUCGCGAGUCAUCUUGCAUGGACGAAUUGCUUCCACUCUUUGCCGAUUACGAUUCUCGAUGCGAAGCGUACACUCGGUUUGGUGACGAGCUUACUGUUCUUGAUUCAAUCAUGCUCAAUAUGAAGAAGGAGUACGGUCUCACUUGGCCCGCAACUGAGUGGACCCAAGUUGACGUGCCCGGUCCAAGUGAAACGAAUAUGAGGCUUGUUGAUGCAAUAUCCACCCGCCUGGUUAAAGCUCAGAAGGCUUUGGAAGAAUCUGCCGAACGUCUGCACUCACUCACGUUGGCACUCACGACCACUGGCGCUGCCUCAACUACUUCCAAAUCGUUCGCCACCAGGAAGAAGAAAAGCAACUCCACCACGUCCCAAAAUCAAAAUUGUCAGGGGGAGAUCGCUGAAGUCGCAUUGAUUCGCCAGCUAUUUUGCGACUUUGAAAAAAAUUUCUUGUCGGAGAUGCGUCCAUACAUUAAGCAAUUACUUCGCCUCAGUCAGCUAUACAAUGAUGCCGAAUGUGAACGUAUUUGGUCUAGGUGGUUAGAAGAUCAGGACGCUUGGCUGGCGACGUCCGGUCGAUUGGUUCAAAACUUCUCUGACUUGCUCACUGACUUGGUCACCGAUUCAAAUGAAAGGGAAGAGGCAGUGUUCUCCUCCGUUAGGCUUAUUCUUCACGAUUCCUUGUAUCUGCGCAAUGAUCUUACACCUCUCCUUACGAAGCUUAUUGAAACAGGCAUUUGGGUUACCUUGAAAAAGUCGGAUUCUGCAACAAUUGUCGCAACUAUUCGAGAGUUGGGAUUUGGCGAGAAAAACCGAGAAACCGACGUUGAAUCCAAGUUAUCUGAUUCCGCUCUUUCUGAGGAUCGUAAAAUCGUUGCUUCUUCGAGCGAUACUCUGACUCAAGAACAGAUUUCGCCUGAGGCGAUUGAAGCGUUGCGACGACUCUGUCGUCGUCUGCAGGGCGUGGAUGAUCUGUUGACAAAGAAAUAUGACGCUCCGGUAAUGAGUCUCACAGAUCAGGCAGAUCUCUGUAUCCGCACGGCCAUGGACCCCAAGCACCUCUCGAUCAUGUUCGAGGGCUGGACUCCGUGGUGUAAUGUUGCGGCGCCUAUUCGGAUCUCGAAUCUGCGAAGGAAGCCGAUCCGUGUCUGCGCUGUCGCUCAUCGUAUCAAGCAGAAAAAUGAACUACGUCUGCUGUGUAAACUCCGCUCACACGCUCAACGUUCUCUGCAUAUCUUCCCUGUCCUCCAUGCCUGCGCUCCUCUCCCUUGUUUGGUUGAGAGGAAAAAGUACGGCUUUUCACCACCACCGUUGCUGCAUGUGUGUGUGCUGGCGCGGGCGUUCGUUUUUAGGAUUUCGGCGUUGUGUGGCGGGUGGGCGAUUAUGACGACGAUGAAGCCUCCAUGA